UGUUCAGCAGUGGACGUCAUCCGACAAAUGACGUCGAUGACGCAUUGUAUCGAAAAUUCUAAAGCAAGCAUGCAUCCCCGUUUCGUUUGUUUAUCAAAGCAUUAAAAACAAAACACGACAUUUAGAAAAUGGCUAGAAAAUAGUAAAUAUUUUGUUUGAAAACAUUCUCGUUUCCCUUUUGUAGAAGCAACAUGUGUUUCUGUUUAGUUAGUACUGAAAUUUCGUGGCUAAAGCUAUUCUAGUGUAGUAUUCGGUAAAGAAAUUCACAAAUUCGCGUGUGCCAUAAUAUAGGGUAGUAGAGUAACAAUGUGUGACCUAACAAAUUCGCGUGUGCCAUUAUAAAGAGUAGCGGAGUAGUGAUGUUAGUUAGGUUUCUAGGCCUUACAUAGUAGCUAAUUCGGUAUCGUGAUCGCAAGAAAUUAAUCCAAUUACGGCUGUGUAGUUCUUCGCCGUCUCUCCGAUAAAAAAUCUAAUACCAAUUUCUUAAAACAUGAUAAAAACGAUCAAAACAAGACGAAGCUUGAUCCAAGCGUGUUGCACUAUGUGUUUAUUUAUUUUUCUAAAAGAACUGUACAGUUUACAACAAGUCGACUUAAGUACCGAUAAUCCUGACGACAAAGAAUUAAAGUUCCCAUUUAUAGAAGACGUGAAAUUCUCUCCAAAACCGAAUUCUAUUUACUUCCACGUUACUUCACUUCAAGGAUAUUUAAGACCUUCGGAAGCCUGUGCAGUUGAAGCGGCAGCCAGGGCUCAUCCAGCACGAGAAGUAUAUGUCCUAUUCACUUCACCAAUCGUUGACUAUCUAAAGCGCAACAUGAGGAUUACAUCAAGAAAACUCCGAAAAUUUCGGAAUAUCAAAUUGCUACGAAUUCAUUUAGCGGAAUAUUGUAAUGCGACUAUUGUGGAGUCUUUGUUACUGAAUGAUUUGAAGUACAGCAGCUACCCUGAGCGGCAUACAGCUGAUAUCCUGAAGAUAUUGACUCUUAACAAGUGGGGUGGUAUGGCCGUAGAUACGAAUAUGAUAAUACUGAAACCCUUUACCCGCUUACCACCAAACUGGAUUCUUAAAGAAAACGAAAUAUACGUCGCUCCAGGGAUCAUGCAGUUUUCCAGAAACGAAUUUGGCUUAAACGUUACUAGUGGAAUAUUGAAGGAAAUGUCAGAGACCUACAAACCAGAUAAUGUUGACAUCACCGGCAGGAUUGCUCUAGAGAAGGUGGUUCAGCGCAUUUGUCCCGUCAUGAUGCGAUGGGACAGCUGUAAAGAUAUCAUUAUCUACCCUGCGGACGAGUUCUAUUCAAUAGAUAAUGUGUUAUGGACGUCUUCCCAUAAGGUGUCGUUAUCACAAGUCUCUUUCUCGUUUCAUUUAGACACCCUCACAAAUUCAGUUGAUCCGUUGACUACAGCAGAUAUAUUAGAUAUAUAUUGCCCUUCAAUAUAUAUGGAAUACCAAGAAAACUUACUUAAUUGAGCGAACGAUUACACCCACGGAAUACAGUUUUUUCUAUUCCAUGAUUACCCUAUAGUGCAGAAUACUGCGGCUUUCUGAUCAAGCCGAUCUAAACUGGAUAAAAGUUGAGACUACAAUAAAA